AGAAUGCAGCUCUGAUAUCUCCAGAUGAUGAGGUGCAAAAGAGCGACAUAUCGUCAAGCAGUCAGGGCAUGGUGGAGAAGGAAGCCCUUGGGCCACUUCUCUUGGAGGCCCUGAAUGGCUUCUUUUUCGCCGUGAACCGCGAGGGGCGCAUUGUGUUUGUGUCUGAGAACGUCACCAGUUAUCUGGGUUAUACCCAGGAAGAGCUGAUGACCUCCAGCGUCUACAGCAUCCUUCAUGUGGGUGAUCACAACGAGUUUGUGCGCAACCUGCUACCCAAGAGCCUUGUAAACGGUGUGCCAUGGCCUCAGGAGCAAGGCCGAAGGAACAGCCACAUGUUUAACUGCAGGCUGCUGAAAAGACCACCAGACGAGGUGGACGCAGAGAACCAGGAGGCCCGUCAACAGUAUGAGCUCAUGCAGUGCUACACGGUCUCUCAGCCCAGAGCGGUGCAAGAGGAGGGUGAGGACCUGCAGAGCUGUUUAAUCUGUAUAGCAAGUCGAAUGCCUCAUCCACCUCAGAUCCCUGUCAGUACAGAGUCUUUCAUCACUAAGCAGGACCCUACAGGGAAAAUCAUCUCUAUUGAGACGAGUGUUCUGAGGGCCACAGGCCGACCAGGUUGGGAGGACCUGGUCAGGAAGUGCAUCUACGCAUUCUUCCAGCCUCAGGGCAAUGAGCCCUCCCAUGCCAAGAAGCUGCUUCAUGAGGUGAUGACCCACGGCAUGGCCAUCAGUCCUCUGUACCAUUUCACACUCAGUGACGGGACGUCCCUCAGUGCGCAGACACGCUGCAAAUUCUGCUGCCCCCCAAACCCAGACGUACAGCCCUUCAUCAUGGGCAUUCACACUAUAGACAGGGAACACAACACUGCUAGCUCUCAGGAAAACACUACCCCCAGCCUUCUGUCUCCUGCUGCCCCACCUUCCCGCUCACCUGCCCUGCAGCCCUCCAGUGACCUCAGCCUCCAUCUCAACAACAGCAAUGGCACCUGUGCCACUCCUGGACCCCCAACACCCACUCCACCAGGCUACCUAACGCCCGGCCGCGUUGGGCCCUCCCAGCAGGUCAGCAGCCCCUCUGCACUUGGCAGCCCUCUCACUGCCACCCCUACCUCAUUCAUGUCGCCUCGACCUCCACGGGGCAGCCCGGGCCUGGCCAGCAGCCCACGCGUGCCCGGCCAUCCUUUUUCCCCCUCGGCGCCCAGCAUCCACUCGCCCGCUGGCGGACUGACCAGGCAGCAGUCUGGUGGCGACAGUGUCAGUUUCUCUCUCCCCUCUCCCUUACCCCCCAGACAGACUCCGACCCCCAGCAGCUCCCCAGCACGUCAGCCCCCGGCCAAACCGCCGGAAGCGUCCGCUGAUGAGCCUAAAGCUGCUGCUGUGGGCAACCUCAAACUUAACCAGCUCUUGGACGGUGCCCCUGAACAUGACUCUCAACCCCGUCCCGCACCCAUGGCCCAGUGUCCGGCUUCUCACAGCAGUCUGACUGAGCGGCAUAAGAUUCUGCACCGCCUGCUCCAGGACAGCAGCCCUGCAGAUGCAGGCAAGGAGCACGACAUUAAGAACGAGCCUCCGACAAGUCCCAACGCAGCCUUGGUGGCACGGGGACUUGGGAAGGAAACCCAGGACCACCAGCUGCUACGCUUUUUGCUGGAUACGGAUGAAAAGGACUUGGAGGACUUGCCGCCUCCGGCCGUCCUCAGCCUCCAUACUGUCAAGGUAAAGGCAGAGAAGAAAGGGAGCAGAGAGAAUGUGCUCUGUGACGCUGCUGCUGCUGCCGCCACCACCGUGUCUGCAGUCGCUUGCUCACCUCAAUCCAGUGACAAGCCCAGCCCGCAGUUUCCCAGUAGCGAUCUGGACACUUUGAACCAGCUCUUGCCCACUUUGAGAAGCUCUGUGGGAGGUAAAGCAGUAGAGGAGCCAGUGCUCGUCCAGCCCAGUGAGGACAACCUUUCCAUCGGGUUGAAUGUGAAGAGAGAGUCACCAGGAACAUCAAGCAGAGCAUUCCCUGAUGGAUCAAACCUCUCAAAUCAGUCCUCUUUUGAGUUCUGCGACCCCUCUACACCAAACCAGGGUCAGGUCCAGGUGCCGGAUCUUGGGCAGACAGACCUGUUUCAGUCACCCAAGGAGAGCAGCAGCCCCUUUGCCAAUCCAACCAGCCUCAACUCUUUCAACACCAACACAGGUCUGGCCAAGCUGGAGCUUCCUGAGUCUCAGCAGUUCCAGCCCUUGUCCCUGGUUGAACCAAUGACCUUCGAUAACAAUUUGGGCAACCAGACACAGGCCCCUCUGUCCUCUCCUCAAGAACAGUGUGUUCCAUGUCCGCUGGAUGAGAUGCUGUGUCCACCCACCACACCUGAGGGCUGUAACGACGAGAAGGCCCUGCUGGAGCAGCUCGUCACUUUCUUGAGCCGCACUGACGAGAGUGAGUUGGCCGAGCUGGACAGAGCGUUGGGCAUCGACAAGAUUGUUCAAUGUGGAUGCCUCGAACCUGUCACCCAGACCUUUCCUCAGUCUCAGCCUCCAACACCUGUACCCAUGGACCCCAAGCUGCCCAGCUACCCCUCUCAAUUCCCCACCUCACCCUCACAGUUUCCUGCUGAGAUGGGCACAGCACAGGGCAUGAGUUUCGGGGCCCCACGGAUGGCGUUUCCAGGCAACGUGGGCAUGACGGUGCGGCCCGGCAUGAAUCGAGCUCCUGGUGUGCCCAACCAGCUGCGGCUACCUCCCAACCAGCUGAGACUCCAGCUCCAGCAACGUUUGCAAGGCCCACAGCAGCUCCAGAACAGACUUGCGGCCAUAGGUCAGUUCCCACAAGGGGGGCAUGUUGCCAUGGGGAUGCGUCAGGGCAUGCAGCAGCCUCAGAUGCCCUCUCAGCCUCCACUCAACGCUCAAAUGAUGGCCCAGCGGCAGCGGGAGCUUUAUAGUUUCCAGCACCGCCAGCGGCAGCUUAUGCAGCAGAAGGUAUUGCUGAUGAGGCAGGGGAUGAACACAGGACCUCUGGGGGCUCAGCGAGUUCCUAAGGGCCCCCAGCAGCAACAGCCACCACAGCAGCAGCAGUUCGGUUUUUCUCCAGGCUAUAACGCCGUGCCUGGGAACACCCCUACCUCUGCAUUCAGUGUCACAUGA